AUGGAACCCGCCACCACUGCGGCUCCACCCGCGCACGGGAAUGGCGAUGGUGUGCCCAAACCUGUUGACCAAGUUCCCAGUGAGCAGCAAUUAGACGCGUCCCUCACCGAUAAUCCGACCACCUCAGAGGCCGCCGCCCAACCCGUUCCCGUCCCCCACGUUAGCGGUGGUGAUGGCAUGAUGAACCAGCUUCCCAGCAUGACGGCAACCCCGGGUGGCCUCCUGUUUCCCUCGGGGAUGAUGGCCUCAAUGCCCACCAGCAUGCAUCCUGGUGCAAUGGCCCAGCCCCCCUCAGCCAUAUACAACCCAAGCUUCUCUGUUGGUGCCCACGAGUACAUGCUCGGUGCACUGACAAGCUUUGAGCAGGAAUUCGGUUUGCAACGUGAGGAGCACGAUAACAUUGAACAUUUUACGGAUCCCAAGUUCAAGACCGACCACAGUAGCCAUACUCUGAGCAAAGUCUUGUCCAAUCGUCAAAUUCGCGCCAAUCUCAACAAACUGCCCGUCCCUACAGAGCUUUAUGCCCAGGCCGUUCAACUGUACCGCAUCCGGGGUCGUGUCCGUUUUAGCAACGUGCUGACGGAGGAGGAACGGAAGCACGGCGCCCGUGUCUCAUCCUACAUUUGUCUCGCUUGCGGCCGGCACCACGGUAUCACCUCGGCCAUUCGUCAUUGCCUCCGCUCCCUUCGUGCCGACGUCAAGAACGGCGAGAUUGACUGGCAAUCCUGGCAGCCCUGCCCGUGGACUGUCUUUGGCCCCGAGUUUAUCAAGGGUUGCCUUCAGCCUGUUCCCCGCAUCCUCAAGCGCUCCAACCCUGGUACACCUGGAUCCGAGCCACGUUCACAGCGAUCAAGGCGCAACACCCUGCAUGACCUUGGUGAGGAAAGUCUACUGGACCAAAGCGCCUCGGAACAAAGCCUGAUGCAGCCCAGCCCUGGCCCUCCCAAGGCAAAUUCUGAUGAACUUAGUGCCAUCAUUCUGGAGAAGCUCAACUCUAUGGAAGCUUCCAUCGCCAAUCUUCAGCGUCAGGUCGACUGGCUAGAUUCAAAGAAUGAAGAAACUGAAAACGUCAAAACAAGAAAAGUUGCCUUAAGUGCAUUCGGUCGUCACGCCAACGUGCUCGAAAGCAGCCUCUCCCAAAGGACCCCCAAAAAAACCAGGAGAAACAAAAAGGUUGUGUGUGUGUGUGUGUGUGUGUGUGUGUGUGUGUGUGUGUGUGUGUUGCAGCCCGAUCCCAACGGCGAGGCUGAUGCGGUUGAUGACGACUGGCGCCGCAUGUACCAGACCGUUGCCAAACUUCGCGCCAGCCAUCGGGGCCGAACUGAGCACGAUGCCGUGAUUGUUGGCCUGCUCUAUUCGGCUCUGCUAUCUCGCAGCCCACCUUCCACAGAACUUCGCUUGAUCAGCGAGAGCCAGACGGAUGACGGCGCUUGCUGCCUGAAGAAUGUCGGUUGGCUGUGCGCACAACGCAUCUGGCGCUUGCUCAAGCCGGCCCGCACCCAGCUGCUGGCUCUUGUUCGUGGCUUGAUUGGCUUUGAAUGGCGCGGGCUCGACGGAAUUGUCAUGGUGCUCUUGCGGCACUUGGCCAUCGGGAGCGCCACUACGGAGCAGCGAAAUCUGGCAAAAGAAGUUUUGACGCUUUUGGAGACCAACGAUGCCUGGGUCGUUCGUCAUCCUGAAUUGCUGACUCGUGCCGUUGAUAAGUUUUUGCGACUUGUACCGGAUCAUCAGGAGUCAGAUUGUGCCACACUGAUGCAAAAUGAGGUGGAGUGGAUCUCGCGUGUCCUGUACAAGCACAUGGAUCUAUGCAUGGGCAUGGGUCGUGAUCUAGUUCGGAGUCUUCAAGACGUGGCAAACAUACCUGAACUAGGCGCCAUACUUCGAGAUUUGCGCCACAAUCCCAGCCGCUUUGCUCCAGCCAACCCAGAGUCACUUGUGGACGAUGCUCACAACCAGGACGAGCCGGCGACUCCUACAAACACGACUCACUGCGAGCAUGGAAACCGAUCUCGUGAACAUCAUGACUCAGGUAGUGUGCUCAAGUCUACACUAAUGGGUGCGGUUCAGAAGGCCACCUCGCAAAACGCCACUACCGCUCAAGACGCUUACGCCAAGAAACAUCUCUCUGGUCAUCAUUUUGAACACCUGAUCCCAGACCUCAUUCGCUUUAUCUGUUGUAAUUUCCAUCCUACCAAUGAGAUGCUUCGCACCAAGCUGAUCAAACGCUGGGAGGUCAUACUCUGGCUCCUCCUGCAGCUCAAACGUAGUGCGGCAGCCCAGCGCGCAAAACUUGCCUUGCUCUUUGACUGGUUUUUCUUCGACUCCCAGUCAAAUGUUAUGAACGUGGAGCCAGCUAUCUUGCUCAUGAAAAAUGCCUGCCAACAAGAUGCCCACAUUACAAUGACAUUGGGUGAAUUCCUUGCUCUGAUGGCUGGCCGCUACCUACCAGAGCGCCGACAGGACCUGCAGCGGAACAUUGCUGUGACGGCCUUUGACGAGGAAGAUCGACGCGCUCUCGAGGCUAAGCGCGCUCGAGCUGCAGCAGAAAAAGCGGUGGCGGCAGCUGCUCGCCUUGCUGAAGAGCUGGCAGAAUCGCCCACAAAACAUCAGAGCCUCUCCUUUCCGCCUCAAAGGACAUCCCCACCGACCAAACGAGCACGUUCAAGUGCUGCGCCACCUGCGCUUCCUCAAUCUGCAAAUCUGCCUCCCGCUGAAGAGGAGGCGCCGUUUGUCCCUGGCGAGCUGAUAGUAGAUGAGGAUGAUUUUGACCGCCCGUCUAAGCAAGCAGAGUUGGUGACGGCAUUGGAUGUCAACGAGUAUGACCCACUCUCAGCUGGCCAGAUUCGCCAUUCUCGUGGAUCUUUGGCCAAGUUCGAUGGCAUCCUCGACCGGCUCAAUGCUGCGGAUGCCACGAGCUUCGAGGAUUGUUACGCCGAGCUCAUCAACAAGCUAUCGAGCGUAGUGCAGCAGAGCUCAGAUUUGGCCUUUCUCCCCGAUUUGGCGCGCGCCGUCAUGCCGUCUGUGCUGCUCGCAUUGGACCUCCUUGACCUGUCAGCGCCAGAGCCAGUGCAGGCAAGGGAGCUGAACGACUUGAUGUAUCAAAUGUCGCAUCUCUAUGAAACUGUGUCCCUGGGCCCGCUGGGACCACUUGUUCGCGCGGCCAUCGUGCCGCCCAUAUCAAGCGCCCGGCAACCCAUUCAAGCUUUCAUCGCUAGUCUUCGUAGUGUGGAGAUGAAGCUUGGUGGUCUCCUCCUUGUUGCCAUCGUUCAAUCGGUGGCCGAUGCCGACGCAAUCGAAGAGUUGUACAUGUAUUUGGCAAGUGCCAACGAGCUGAUUGAGCACGAGGCAAGCUCGCGGCACUUGGAACACACCAACUAUUCGUCGCUCUGCGAUUGGACGUCUGCUCUGGCGCUGGACUUGCAUGAGUUACAUCACAUGGCACCUGAUCUAUGCGGACCCGUGUUGAUGCGCUUGCACCAGCAGGUCCACGGACGCCUGAGUGCCUCGCCUGCCGUGUUGACGGUCAUGGUAGAGCUGGCUCCUGUCCAGCUGCUCUGCCUGCGUCACAAGAUGAGCGUUGGGGCGAUCCACUUCAUUUGUCCCCCCAGUGAUGAUGAGGCUGCUGACUACGACGCUAUGGUUGCGGAGCAAGGACGAACGGUUGCAAGGCUGUUUGAGCAAGUGAUGUCCUGGGGACCUCAGCAGCAACUGCAGCUUGGUCAAUUGCUCAUUGCUGAGAGCACGGCGUGGGAUGAACUUGUUAUUCUUGAGAUGCUCAAAGCCUUGCCGACCGAGCUCUCAUUGGUGGAGAGUGCCCCCCUUAUCGAGGCAUUGGGACAGCUAUGUGCACGCAUGCAGCCGACAGAAGAGAAUGUGGAAACGGUCAUGGAGCUGCCAGAUCAACUCGCAUACGUGCGGGUGACGGCCGUACUAGCCUGGAUCACGCAACGACCCGCUGACCUCGUGGAUGCACUUGCAAGAAAUUUACAAGCGCUAGCUCGUGGCUUGCAGGAAGUUAAGGCGGGCGCCAAUGUGGACUGUGUGGCAUAUCUCAGGGGAUGGAAGCAAGUGGUUGAGCGAGAUGUACAUGGCUCCCACCCGUUGCGUCUGCGCUUGCAGCCAGUGCUGACCGCGCCCAGCGUCAAGACGGCCCUCAUCGAGUUGUUUGCUCUUGGGUCAACGGAAUGGCGAGGCGAGUUUGGCAAAUUGUUAAGCGCUUGUGAAGUGGUUUGACGGCUGCAAAGCAGCAAGAAUGAAAAAAAUAAUAUUGACAUGGAGUUUGCAAUCGACAUUUCAGUGAG